ACUUCUCGUCCCCCGCCCUCCUCCUCCAGAACAUGAAGUGUUAACACCUCGGCCGGCCCAUCGCCAUCCUCCAGGAAGGAGUCAGCGUGGGGUGCAGGACCUGUCUUCCGUCCUAGGUCAGUCUUCUAGGGCUGUGGAAGGAAGAAAAGAUCCUUAGGCAUGUUGUAAUCUAGUCGGGUUUGGUGUCUACAUCAGAUCGAAUUUAUUCUGCAAGUGAUCGGAACUUUGCAGUGAACCAAAGACGAAGCAAAAUCCAGUGAAGAUCACACUGACCUCUGUCAAUCAUGGCAACUGGAGGCAGAGAAGAUACAACAGAUAAUGCAGCUGUACUUGAAGCAGAUGAAGAGCAUGUGAGUCAACAAACAGAAGAAAUAUUCCUAAGUUAUGCCUAUCACAUCACCGAACUUAGACGCGAAGAAGAUGGUUCCAGACCUCUUGGAAACGAAAUUGAAGAUGCAAGACAAGUAAACGGCCAUUUAGACAAAGUGGGACAACAGCUAGCAUUGAUUGGAGAUGACUUUAAUAAGCGUUAUAAGGAUCAUUUUGAUGCCAUUGUGAAGAACCUGAAUCCUAGCUUGGACAACGCUUAUGACUAUUUCCGAAAGAUUGCUUCCAGUGUUUUUGAAACUGGGGUGAACUGGGGACGUGUUCUAGCACUCCUUGGCUUUGGAUAUCGAUUAGCUGUCCAUGUGUGGGAAAAUGGACGGCAUAGGUUUCUAAGAACGAUUGCUCAGUGGCUUGCUAGAUACCUGGUGGAAAGUAGAAUUGUCCGCUGGAUUGUAGGACAAGGCGGCUGGGCUGCUGUACUUAAACUGACAAAUAACAGUAUCCGAUAUGUUCUGAUGACGUUGGGUGUUGUUCUUAUCCUUCAAUUUGUGAUUAAACGUUUGGGCUCAGGAUCCUGAAAUUGGGAGUAUAUUUCCAUCGCUGAAGAGUGAUCUGUGAAUGAAUUCGGGAGACGCAAUCAGGUUCCUAAAGAGCCUGUCUCAAAGGUUUUGACCUACUAUAUAAUCGGAAAAGACCUUCUAUUUUAUACCUGGGGAUAUUGUGGAUGUCAAACCUUCACCCACAAGGACGUCUUGAGUAGUAACAUUUCCUUAACCGACGCCUGUUUCCGUUCUAGCCUCAGGGAAAAUAUUUUUACGGGAUACACUAGAUCUUGAAUGGAGCUCUAUUUAGUGCAAUUAUCAUUAAUAAAUGUCCCUUUUUUUUACA